CAUCUCGUAGUAACUUUUACCCAGCGUGCCUCUGCGGUGCUCUACUUUUAUCGCAUUGAAAUUGUGUUAUUGUCGUUUUAGCGUUUCACUGUACGGCUUUCUUCGUUUUGAAAGGUUCACUGGCGAUCAUCUUCCGCUCCCGUCCAAAUGUGUUUAAUAACCUGUUUAAAGGCUGAAUCAUGCCUUGUUUUUUUUUUAGGGAAUGCUGUUGGUGGAUCACCGGGCGGGGCCUUAUAGUGCCGACGGGAGAAGUAAAAGUCCAGCUUUUAUUUUGAAGGUUGCCGCUUCCCAACGGAAGCGUACAGGUUGCAGUUUCCGGCGCAGCUGCAGCUCCACAGCUCCACCACUAGGAGCGCUGUGGGGAGACCGGAACCUUGAAUUCCUGCUCUCUGGUUAACCCGGUGGACGCGAUAGCAGCAUGUUUUUAGCUUCGGGACCCUCUCCCGUGACUCCCCGGUCUCUCGUUAGCUCGCCCCGAAGCUAACGAGAGCAGCCGGCGGCUGUCGCUCGGCUCACGGGAUGCCUCGCAGAAAGAAGAACGGCCAGAGCCCGGCCAGGCAGCCCAAUGGGCCAGCCGAGGGAGGACGACCCGAGGGUUACCCACCGCCACCCCAGAGAUAUGACUUCCACCCCGGCAGCGCCGGAAAGGAGAGCAUCCUUAAAAGAAUGCAGGAGAUGUUUUCUCACCUGGACCCAGAGGUUAUUCACAUCGUGCUCUCUGAGUGCGACUUUAAAGUUGAAAAUGCAAUGGACUCUCUGCUGGAGCUGUCUGAUGCGGCGGAAGUCGCGGCCCCUCGCCCCCCCGCCGUUUCUGGCUUCGAGCGCACUGCUGCCGCCCUGCUGGACCCGCAUGGCUUUUCCCAGCCCAAUCCGGACGGGCACCCCUUCGGGACGCCGCGUCCCCCCUCCUCUCCUCUGUCGUCGAGCCUGCUGACGGAGGACCUGGACCUGCUCAUCGACCGAGAGCUGGCGACGCUGACCGAGCAGCGAGGCGUGAAAGACGAGCCGCCCGGCAGCGCGUCGUCCGCCGCGUUCCCUCCGCCGCCCGUUCCUCAGCAGGGACUCCCGGAGCUGCUUCAGAGCAGCGUGGAGGCUGCGUGCAGGGAGCGCCCUCCCACCCAGCCGUCCCUGUCAGGCGGCUCGGCGGAGGAGCUGUCCGGAGCUCCCUCUCCCCUGGAUGAGCUCAGCACCUGGGGAGACGUGGUCCUAGAGGCACGGAGAGACGUGCUGGAUUUCACACACCUGACGACAGAAAGCUUCCCAGACGGCUCCAAGCCGCCUCUGGACCUGGCGGCUUCAGGGCGCCCCUCUGCCUUCCAGCUGUAUAAAAAGCCGGAUCCGCCUAACCCAGAUUUGCCUGCACCCACGUACUCUGACUCAUCGAUCACAGGAGCCAGAUCCAAAGUGGGGUUACUGAGCAGCCAUCCACACGGCCACAUGUUACCCCCCUGGAACUUGGCCGCACCAGAGUUUUGCCCCCAGAGGCCGGCCUUCAUCACCCCUGUGGCCCAGGCGCCCUCCUGUUGGCUCAGCCCUUCCAGACACGCCUCCCCCUGGCUGAACUGGGGCCCCGUCAGCCAAGCACCUCUCAAACCGUCCGCCACCGUCCCCAAGUCUUGGGCCCCGUCGGCGGCCCCCCAGGCCCCGGCCCCCCACGGCAGGCUGCAGCUGCAAGGAAAGGUGCUGGUGCUGCUCCGGGGUGCUCCGGGCUCCGGCAAGUCAACCCUGGCAAGAGCCUUGUUGGAGCAUAACCCCGGCGGAGUGGUGCUGAGCACCGAUGACUAUUUCAGCCACGGCACAGGGUACCAGUUUGACCCCACGGCCCUGGGGGAAGCCCACGAGUGGAACCAUAAACGAGCCAGGGAGGCUUUGGAGAGGGGCAAGAACCCCGUCAUCGUCGACAACACCAACAUGCAGGGCUGGGAGAUGAAACCCUACGUGGCUCAGGCGCUGAGACACGGGUACAAGGUGCUGUUCAGAGAGCCGGACACCUGGUGGAAGUUCAAGGCCAGAGAAUUGGAGAGGCGUACCACCCACAACGUUCCCGUCGACACGAUCCGUCGCAUGCUGAACGGAUACGAGCGCUUCGUCACGGUCCAGUCCAUCAUGGGCGCUCACACGCCCGACUCCAAGCAGGCUGUUCUUCAGGAGAGCUGCCUCUCACCGUCUUUCUCAGCGGACGCCCCAGACCUCGUAGACCAGCCUAGACUGAACGAGGGAUGUCAACGUUCCCAGCCUCAUCUGCAUUCCUCCCUCCCCGACGUGUCCUCCGUCAGCGGCCCCGGAGAGGCCGGGUCCCACGACGGCGCUUCCCGUCAAUCCACCGAGUCGCUCCAUCUCCAGCCGCCCGGGAAACAAGCCUUCCACGCCGACGGUGACAUUUAUUCGGGUGAAAUGGAUUCAGAGCAGAGCGCGUCUGAGGGGGACGGCGGGAUCCCGGAUUGCAUCGUGGAGUCGGUGAUGAACGUAGACCACCGCGGGGAGGAAGUUCCCGUGGCGUUCUCUGAAUCCAUUGCACAAAGGGUGAGGAGGGAGAGAUCAGGCAGAAGGUCCGGUCUGAACCAGACGGAAGCUGCAGACCUGGUUAAAGACACCGACGCCUCAGACAAAGAAGCCUUACAGGACGAGCAACCGGAGGAGGAGGAGGCUGCGAGGAACGGCGACGAAGAGAAGUCUGAGAUGCUUCAUUUUGUCGGAGACUGGCCGUGUGGGCGGUCUCUUCAGCAGCGGCCGGCGAGGAGAGCAGAGAGGCACCUAGAGAUGCAAGUAAAGGAAACGGGUGAUGAUGAUGACGACGACGACGAUGAUGAAAAAGCAGAGGUGGUAACGUCAGGUCCUGACAUCACAGAGUUUCAGAAGCUUCUGGAUCUCAUUCAGACGGGUGCGGUCACGGAUCAGGCGGCUUCGUGGCGCUCUUUCAGCUCGGGGGAAGAGUCCGAGAAGGAGGCAGACGUUCACGCCCGCAGCGGCAAAGACGGGCAGCCGGACAAAAGCCAGGCGGUCCUCCCAGACUGCGUCCAGGACUGGAAGCUAGGCGAGUCACGGACCGGCCCAGACGGUCGUGAAGGAGUCGGCGGGGAGAACGGAGCGAGGGCCGACGCCGAAGGGGACGCCGGCGAAGAAGCGACCGAGUCAGCAGACGUAUGCGGCGGCGGAGCUAAAGGCGGCGACGCUCGUCUGAGAGGACAUCUCAGCCCCGUGGCACCCGAGGCCGUUACCAAGCAGGUUGAUAGCGCAGCGUCUGAGCUGCCCCCCGAAACAGAAAGCUGCGUGAGCAGUCAGGAGAAAAAGCAGCAACAGGGGCGGAGGUCCGGUAAGCAGUGCAAGCUGGCCCUCACCUUCUCUCACAACUCGUCCAGCAGCGAGUGGGACUCUCCCAGGACUGCGGCUGAAAGCGUGGAGCAGAAAAGCAGCACCAGCUCAGACCUGAGAGCAGACCUGGGCCUGCGCAGCCAGUCACCCAGCCGUCCUCAGCUGCCAGCAGAAACAGGCUGCCCCACUCAGACCGAACCUCAGGACUUCGCUCUCCUCUGGCGUCUGAACCGCCUCCACGGCUCCGGCGGCCCGGCUGCCGGCGGACCCGCCCCGGACGUCCGGGUCUUGGAAGGAAACUCUUCCCGUUUCGCGCCGGCCUUCGCGGCGCCGGGCGUCUGCUCCUCCGGCCACGCGGACGUGCCCUACAGGGUGGUGCACGAGAGGGGCACCCAGGUGGAGGAGAAGGAGGUCAGGGUGUCCAGGGACCGGCUGGAGAGCUUGCGCAUUCUCAGUCGGCAUUUUAAACUCGUCAGUUUCGAUACGUUGGAAGAUCUGUACGACAAGUGCAGCGGCGACCUGGAAUGGAGCACCAACCUGCUGCUGGACUCCGGGGAGAGGUUUUUCAGGGAGGAGGAUUGUGAGGGGGGACCCGUCCAGUCAGGUGCUGCUUAUUGUCUGGAGCCGGUUAACGAGCCAGAAGGAGAAGACAGUGGGGCUGGAGGAGAGGCCCAGGAGUCGGCUUGUGGGACAGGUGACGGGUCGGAUGGAGGCGACAGAAGCAGCAACGCGUUUGAAUCGGCUCCAGCUCCACCAUCAGACCCAGCCCAGCCACCUCAGACAGAAACGUGGCCCCCCGACGCCGCAGAGCCGCUCCAGCAAAGCGCCGACGCCGACCGCCCGGCUCCGCAGGCCGACCUGGAAUGCGGCGCCUGGGGCGAGGGCGUGGACGGCGGGGCGUACGUCUUGCAUUUCGAAGACGAGACCGCCGACGACAGCGCGAGCAUGGACGAGAUCAAUCGGCUGCUGCAGGCCGAGCUGGAGGAGAUGGAAAGAGAGCAAGGCCAGAGGAAAGCCGAGAGACGGAGCCAACACCUGGACAUCCAAAGCGUGGAGCUGAAACUACCCACGGAGCUGGCGCUGCAGCUCACGGAGCUCUUUGGUCCCGUCGGCGUAGACCCAGGCUCGUGUUCAGCCGAUGACUUUGACGUGCAGAUGGACCUGAAUCUGGCCAAGCUCCUCCACCAGAAGUGGAAAGACACUAUCCAGGAAAGGCAAAGACAAGCGGCUCUCUCCUUCCAGCUGCUCGAAGAGAGAUGGAGGGGGGAUUCCCAAGUGAUGAGCAAAGAUAGCGACACAUCCCUGGCCAGCCAGCCAGACGCUGGCGCUCGGAUGCCGGUUAUGGAUCACUGGAACGUGUCCCGCCCGCACGUCUCUCUCAGAGACAUCAUAAAAGAGCAGCAAGCCCUAGAGGACAUGCAGAAGACCAGACAGAGCCGCGUCGACCUGCACCGCCGGGACGGAGCCACGCUGUUGAAAGAGCAGCAACUUUACGCUCUUUUCCCCACCAUUGACAAACACUUUCUGCAGGACAUCUUCCGAGAUCACAACUACAGCCUGACCCAGACCGAGCUGUUUCUGCGCUCGCUCCUGAACGAGGAGCAGCCCGUGAAGACGGUCGUUGCUCCCGAAGCUCCUCGGACGGACCUGCACAGAGCAGCCAGCAAGGAAAGGGAGAAGAAGCAGAAACCGGCGGAGCCCGCUGUGGCCGGCUACCAGGACACAGAGGACCCGGAGUACGAGGACUUCAGGGCCGAGGCCAAUCUGCAGCGCACGCGACAGCUCGAGAGCUUUGCCAAGGCCGCAGAAGCUUUCAGGCAGGGCCGCAAGGAAGUGGCCUCGUUUUACGCACAACAGGGAUACCUGCACGGCCAGCGGAUGCGCGAGGCCAACCACAGAGCAGCGGCGCAUAUAUUUGAAAGAGUCAACUCAUCGCUGCUGCCCAGGAACAUCCUGGACCUCCACGGGCUUCACGUGCGCGAGGCCUUGGAGCAUCUGGCUCAGGUCCUGGAGGAAAAAGCUGCAGACUGCGAGCAGGGUCUGUGUCAACCUCAGCUCUCUGUCAUCACAGGAAGAGGGAACCACAGCCUGGGGGGAGUGGCCCGCAUCCGGCCCGCCGUCAUAGACUACCUCACCAACAAGCACUACAGGUUCAGCGAGCCAAAGCCGGGCCUCGUGUUGGUCUCUUUGAAGUGAAAAGAGCCGUUUCUGCUGCUCUAAACCAGAAACUCUCUUCAUCUCUUGCUCUCGUUUUUUUCAUUGCAUCAGUUUGUACGGUGUGUAAAAACUGUCAAUAUUGGUGUGUGUUGUUGUUGUUGUUGUUGUUUUUUUCAUACAAUAACGCUCUCCAUCAGUCUGGCAGCUGCUGGACUGGAGAUUGAAAGGUAGUAAUAUACUGAACAUAAUUUAAAUCUUUGUCACUUUAUGGCAUUGGGACUGCACCCAGAUUAAACAUGAAUAUGUUAAUUGUUGCCUCUAAGAUGGUUGAACGCAUAUAGAUUUUAUCUUUAAAAAGUCUUUUAUGGUGUAUUUUUUACCUCCUGUAUGUUUUAGAUCACCGGAUUUGGAAGUCGGCCCGCUCCAGGGAGUUCUUUUUGAGCUAUGCCGUUUAUGUUUUGUCUAAAUUCAUCUAAAUCAGUUACGAUGCUUUGCAUAUAGAGGAGGCCUUCUUUUCAGUGUUGAGGUAACAUGUUUUUGAGACACAGUUUAUGCCCUAAAGGCAAUGUUUUAAAGUUCAUUUACAAAGUCGGCGGCUUUAAAAGAAGAUAGAGCUUUUCUCUGGAUGAUAGUUUUUCAGACACCACAACCCGUGUUAAUCGGGCCAAAUGAUCAAAGGGCACCAGAAAGGUGACCCGGCGUCAGUCAAAGAGAUUGCGCAAUCUCUGCUGUGGCUUCUGAGGCAGCCGCCCUGCUUUGGGCUCAGCACCUGCCUCCUCAGGAGAACGUUUUUAUAACACGUGGCGUCUGUGAGAGAACGCUCGGCCGCUAGCUCUCCUACCCACAAACUCAGGUGACCCGACGCGUGGGGCGUCUCCAGCUCUUUCCUGGUAGCUUUUAAAAUGCUUUUUGCCAAAUGUUGUAGCUGCCGUCUCGCAGAGGACGCUACACUAGUUUUCUAGGGGGAAAUUGCCUUCUUGUUUUUCCCAAAGCAGUUCGCUUCAGUGUUUGUAUAUAUUACUGUGAGCACACUAAUUCUUAAGGAGAAUGUAUUUUUUAACCAUUUUGUUUAUACGAUUUUAACAGAGUAUGCUAUUUGUAAAAUAAAUCUAUUUGUUUACCUUUA